AUGGACUGCAGGAAGGUACUGAGAAGUUUGCUUCACGUCCCGAAAACGCUCCAAAAGACCGUUUACGAAACCGUCAACUCCUCGUGGAGACCUUCCUGUUUCUCGAUUUCCUUCAACGUAGACUCGUUUGGAUACUACCUUACGUCCCGAAAACGCUCCGACAAACCGUUUACGAAUCCAUCAACCCUUCGUGGAGGACCUUCUUGUGGCUCGAUUCCCUUCAGCGUAGAUUCAUUUCGAUACUACUACACGUCCCAAAAAUGCUCCAACAAACCAUCCAUGAAUCCGUCAUCCCUUUGUGGAGACCUUCCUGUGGCUCAAUUUCCUUCAACAUAG